AUGUCUUCCGAAAAGGCUCCUGUGCCAAUCGACCUGGGCAAGGUCCUCGUCGUCGGCGGCAAUGGCUUCCUGGGCCACCACGUCGUCAACCAGCUCCUGGCUGGCGACCGCUGGCAAACCAGCUCCGUCUCCGUAAUCGACCUCCGCUGCGCGAACAACCGCAACCCAGCCGCCUCCUACCACGAAGCCGACAUCACCGACACGGAAAAGAUCAAGUCCAUCUUCGAGGACGUCAAGCCCGACGUCGUCAUCCACACCGCCUCGCCCGCGCCCCAGGCCGACGGCCCUGUCGCCAAGGACCUCUUCCGCCGCGUCAACAUUGAUGGCACCGCCAGCAUCAUCGCCGCCUGCCAGGCCGCCGGCGUCAAGGCCCUGGUCUACACCUCAUCCGCCAGCAUCAUCAGCGACAACACCAGCGACCUGAUCAACGCCGACGAGAGGUGGCCCGUCAUCCGCGGCGAGCAACAGUCGGAGUACUACUCCGAGACCAAGGCCGCCGCGGAAGAGCUCGUCCUCCAAGCAAACCGCCAAGACCCCUACCCCCUCCUUACAGCCGCCAUCCGCCCCGCCGGCAUCUUCGGCGAGGGCGACACCAUGGCCACGCACCAGCUCGUCAAGAUCUGCCGCGAGGGCAAGACGGGCGUCCAGCUCGGCGACAACGACAACCUCUUCGACUUCACCUACGUCGGCAACGUGGCCCACGCCCACAUGCUUGCCGCCCGCAUGCUCCUGGCCACCAUCAAGUCCAGCAUCAUCCCCCUCGACAACGAAAAGAUUGACGGCGAGGCCUUCCUCGUGACAAACGACAGCCCCAUCUACUUCUGGGACUUUGCGAGGGCCAUCUGGCGCGCCGCCGGGUCGGACAAGGGCACCGACCACGUCUGGAAGAUUCCCCGCGAGAUCGGUGUCGUUCUGGGCUUCUGCUCCGAGGUCUUCUUCAGCAUCAUCGGCAAGCCGCCCAUCUUCAACCGCCAGCGCAACAUCUACAGCUGCAUGACGCGCUACUACAACAUCAGCAAGGCCAAGCGUCUGUUGGGUUACCGCCCCAUCGUCAGCCUGGACUCAGGUAUCAAGAGAGGUGUGCAGUGGUUCCUGGACCAGGAGAAGGCGGGUAAGGUCAGCGUCAAGGCGUGA